GAGAGUUUUUGCAAAGGUAGAACGAUGCAAGCAGUAUUCAGUAAAUCAUAUCAGCAAUUUAAGUGGCAGACUGGGAACUGUGAAAUAUCCCCGGUAUCAACGACAAUGUGUAACAUAUACAUUUCUUAGCGUCCAAAAGCUAUUUUUAAAAUCUUUGUUGAUUAACAGUUGCUGUAUUUGACCAAUAAAGUUAUGAAAUCGUUAUGCAAAAAUUAAUACGAUUUUUAAAACGAGUGAAUGGUACUCCAAUCGAUUAUUUAAUAAGAAAUAAAUCACAAGGUUAUUGCUUUUGUUUUUGGUGACCAAAUAGAAACAUUCAUCGUUUUAGUCGAAUGGCAGUCUUCUGGCUUUUGGUUGCGAAAUAACGUGCGUAAAUAACAUAAGAAGUAGAUCUGUUCAGAAGACUGGCGGGGAAUAGCCUAGCUGCCUACACCAGUUUAAAGCGUGUUACCCUACACUCGUUCACCUUGUGGUUAUAACCGAGCGUCUUUUCUUUCUCAGAGGAGAAAAAAACAACUCCCGUCUGCCCCAUUGAAAACCAGGAGGGGAUCAGAGAGGAAGGAGAGAGUGAGAAAGAGGACAGAGAAGGAAGGAGUGUGUUAUGAAAAGAGUGGGGCAACGAACGAGACAAAGGAGGUUGCGGCUGCGUUGAAUAUCUUGUCCGUCUCGGAGCCGAGUAGUGUAGCUAGCUACCUUCUUCUUGUUGGGCAGAAUUGGUACCGGGAACACACUUGGGGCUGGAAGCAUUUGGGGUUUCGGAGGAGCGAGGGAGAUUCUCCAGCGCCGAAGUGUCGUGCCGAAAGAAAGCUCUAGCUAAGCAGUUUGGGGGCUUCAGAAAAUCGUGCGGAUCUUUAGGUUAUAGUGAAUAUUUCUUUUUCCGUGUCGGAGAUAAACAGAACAAAGGACCUUGAGCAGGGAAUGAGCGUGCUGAGACGAGCCUUCCGACCAUCGCUUCUAAGACCAGGCCCGAUGCGAUUCUGAAACCAAAAAUAAACACUAUCCCAUCGCUCUCGGAACCUUUUGUUAAACAACCAGGGACGAAGAAUUAAGCUUGCGGACAUCCAAAAUGUUCCCCCAGAAUCGACCACCGGCACCUCUUCAGCCGCCUCCCGGGUCCUCUGCCUCGGCGGCGGCGGCCGCAGCGGCGGCGGCGGCGGCGGCAUCGGGGACCCCCCAGUCUCUGAAGCUCACGUACCCCGAAACCCUGGACCGCAUCAAAGAGGAAUUCCAGUUCCUGCAGACGCAGUACCACAGCUUGAAGUUGGAGUGCGAGAAGCUGGCCACAGAGAAGACGGAGAUCCAGAGACACUACGUGAUGUACUAUGAGAUGUCGUACGGCCUUAACAUCGAGAUGCACAAACAGACGGAAAUCGCCAAGCGACUGAACGUGAUCUGUGCCCAGCUCAUCCCUUUCCUGUCACAGGAGCACCAGCAGCAGGUGGUCCAGGCCAUGGAGCGCGCCAAGCAGGUGACUAUGGGGGAGUUGAAUGCAUCGAUAGGGCAACAGCUGCAGGCCCAGCACCUAUCCCAGCAUGCAGCGCAGGGCCUGCCCAUGGCCCCCCACCCCUCCGGCCUGCAGCACCCGGGGCUGGCGCUGGGCGGCGGCUCGGGGCUCCUGGCCCUGUCGGGGGCCCUGGGGGCCCAGCUGGCGGCCAAGGAGGAGAGGGCCCACCUGGAGGCCGCCGCCGCCUCUGCCGCCGCCGCCGCCGCCGCCGAGCACCACAGAGGCUGGCCGCGGGGGCGUGGCUCUUUCCUGCCGAUGAUGUAUGCAGACCGAGAGGCGGGGCCGAGUUCGCUGUCAAACGGGGAGAAGGGCCGUUCGUCAGACUACCUGAGCAACGGGAAGAAGAGGAAAGCGGACGAGAAGGAGUUCCUGACGGACUACGGCAGCGACGCCGACAAGAGCGAUGACAACUUGGUCGUGGACGAGGACCCAUCCUCGCCCCGCAGCGUGCAGUCCUACUCCUCCCGGGAGAACGGGCUGGACAAGAUGCCCCCCUCCCGAAAAGAGCCCCCGCCCCAGGCCAGCCCCGCCUCCCUGGCCUCCUCCAGCAGCGCCGCCUCCCCGUCCCGCGGCAAGGAGCCUCCUCAGAACGGAAUUUUAUUCUCUCAGGGUGAGAAGUCCAGCACGCCCGUCCUGAAGCCGGGGACCCCCAUGCCCCCGGAGUCGUCCACCCCUGGUCCCAGCGUACCCCCCCAGUUCCGGGCCGUCCCAGGGAAGGCCGGUGUCGAUGCCCUUGCUCUGGGGCUCAGGAAUCCUCUGGCGGUGCAGGGUGCCUACCCGCCGGGGGGGUUUGGGCUGCCCCCCCCCGGGGUGAACGGGGAGCUGGGCGGGGCCGCUGGGUACGGGGCGGGGCUGCACCUCGUCUCGCCCCAGAUCAACGGGGCGGCGGCGGCGGCGGCGGCCGUUGCCGCGGGAUACGGGCGAUCCCCUGUGGUCGGUUAUGAGUCACCCCACCCCCACAUGAGGGUCCCUGGGCUGCCCGCCAGCCUGCAGUCUGCUGGCUCAGGAAAGCCGUGAGUCCUGCAUGUCUGUCCGUCUGUCUGUCCGUCUGUUCGUCCGUCUGUCUGUUCGUCUGUUU